CAACGUUGUCAUGGAGUUUUAGGAUAUUCUUUGUGUACAGCUGCACGAACCACGCUCCAAUCCUCUGCAUAAAAUAAACACGUAGUUUCCGAUUCGAUACGCACGCAAUACUGCGAUUUCUUGAAUCAAAUUUUCGAUCCUCAUCGGUAUCUUGGCUUUCUGGCUUCACCAGUUCAGUGCUUUGGUUUCUCAAUUGUCGGCAUAGUCGAGUUCCUAACUUCAAGUGCACUUUGUACCAUGGGGCGUAUGCUCCAGCCUAUAAAAACCGAGGAUUUCAUCAACCUUCCUGCUUCCAGUAUUUCUCGAAGUGGAACUGAGAAUAAUGGAUUACAGCAAUCUGGUUGUGAGUCCAGUGAAAUUGAUUCUUUACCUGUAAACUCCAAGGUCAAAGAUGGGAUCAAUGAAGAGACCUCUGAUGGUGUACAUGAAAAGAAGGGAACUUCAAUGGAAAUUGAUGGUGAAAAAGAUCGAUUUGGUAGCACGUCUACUCUGCCAGUGAGUUUUGAAUUGACUGAAGCUUUUGCAGCACCGGAGAAGAUUACUUGUAUCAGCUCUGUGGCGCGUGCUGAGAAUGGGUAUUUAGCUGAUGAAGACGAAACUAGUUUUAAUAAUCAUAAAAGAGAUGUAACCCUUGUCAGUGAUCGGGGAGUGGAUGCUAGUUCAAUAUCUGGGGUUAAGAGACCCCGAUUAAGUGAUGAUGACAAACAAGCUUCGGUACGUGUUAUUUAUAAUUCUCUGACCAGAGAAAGUAAAAGAAAGCUGGAGGAGCUAUUACAGCAGUGGUCAUGGUCGCACGCACAAAUCUGCUCGUCAUCAAAUGAUUCAAAGGAAGUUUUAGAAUCUGGCGAAGAGACUUACUUCCCGGCUCUUUGUGUUGGUGUGGAUAAGCCUUCUGCAGUGACCUUUUGGGUGGACAACCAAAUAAGCAAUCAACAAAGCGAUGUGUUUAUACCAUUGGAUGGCAAUUCUGUCCCUCUUUAUGACCGUGGAUAUUCUUCGGCUCUGACUUCAACUGAUGGUUCCAUUAAUUUGGAUGGAGGCUUGGAAAUGUUAGAUAAUUCCCGUUGCUUCAACUGUAGUUCUUACAGCCAUGCACUUAAAGAAUGUCCUAAGCCCCGUGACAAUGUUACCAUCAAUAAUGCCCGAAAACAGCACAAGACCAGACGUAAUCAAAAUACCAGUUCUCGUAAUCCCACUCGGUAUUUUCACAGCUCUCCUGGAGGAAAAUAUGACGGUUUAAGGCCAGGCGUACUUGAUUAUGAGACGCGGAAACUUUUAGGACUUGGGGAUCUUGAUCCACCUCCAUGGUUUAACAGAAUGCGGGAAAUAGGAUAUCCACCGGGUUAUUUAGAUCCAGAUGUUGAUGACCAGCCUUCAGGGAUUACAAUUUUUGCUGAUGAAUCAACUAAGGAAGAAACUGAAGAGGGGGAAAUUCUUCAUCCAACUGCUGCUGAGCCAUCCAAGAAAAUGAGUGUUAAAUUUCCUGGAAUAAAUGCUCCAAUACCAGAAAAUGCAGACGAAAGACUUUGGGCAACUGGGUCUUCAAGAUACAAUGUUUCUAGAGAUGGUUCAUACCGUGGACAUAACCACUCGUCUGAAAACUUCAGCAGACGGCACUAUCAUCAACAAAAGUGGUCCAGUGAUUUUGAAGAUGAUAGUCCUCCUGGAGUUGAUCCUGGACGUCGACCCUCAAAUCAUUCUCAUAGAUAUGGUGGUUAUGACUCCAGUUUCUCUUCCCCUAGUGCUAGAUCUAGUCGUCAUGGCCGAUCCUCGUCGGACAGAGGUAGAAGAAGCUCUCUAGUGCAAGAUGGUUCCUCAAACUAUGGCCAGUAUGGUACUGCACAUUCUUCACCCCACAGAUAGGCUGACAUAGGGAUUAUUUCAAAUCCAAUGUGGACAAUUGGGCGAUGGCUGAUGCAAAAUUUUUGCUAACCAGGAAAGACGUUCAUGUAGGAGGGAAAUCACAGGACAAACAUUCUUUUGAAUUGAAGGGGGUCAGUGUACAUAAUUAGAUGUAUAUUCAAUUAUUGUAAACUAAUAAUUCGUGCUCCAUUGAGGGUGGUUGAAUUGUUGUAUUAUCACACUGUUUUCAUCCUCUAAUUUUAUGUAACGUUUAUCAAUGACAUUGUUGUCCUCCCUUUGCCAUGCAUGUCAAGAAAAAUUGAAAUUCAGGAC